UCAAAUCGGACAAAUCAGUGUUUUCAAUUGUAUUCAGUCAUGUCCCAAAUUCUGAGAUACAGGGAUGCAAAAAUGUGCAAACUACUCAUAAAAUACAUUUUUAAAAUGGCUAAUACAAGUUUGACCUUCUCAGCUUUUUUAAAGCCUCGUUCAUGGAAAGUGUCGCACAUGUUUUCAGACAGACAUUCCUCUAAUCCUGUUUUCUUCACUCCUCUCCUCAUCCUCCUCUUCCAGAAACCAGUACUAAUUGCGGUUAGGUUUAUUGGCAUUGCCAGAACUGCCACCGCGGGUAAGGCGCGUUUACGCAAAAGCGGCCGCCACACGCCCUCGCCGCCCUUAAGCCCUCGAGCAGCAGAGGGGGCGGAGCCGGGCGAGGAGGGGGCGGAGCCUGCGCUGAGUGAGCAGCAGCAAGCAGCCAUGCAGCAGGAGGAGAAAGUGUUGUCUCAGCAGAUAGAAAACCUGCAGAAAGAGAAGGAAGAACUGACCUAUGAGAUGCUGGCUCUGGAGCCCAGAGCGUCCGAUGACGAGAUGCUGGAGUCGGAAGCAUCUAUCGGAACAGCAGACAGCUCAGAAAACCUCAUGGCGUCGGAAGGCGCCGCGUCCGAUCAGUGGGACAAAAGCCCCGGCGCCGUGUCGGCAGCACGCUGGAGGAAGUGCGAGUCCAAAAGCAGACGCGGUUUACAGCGUCAGCCUGAAUCUCUGGACUCGGGGGACUCGGCCGUAGCCUCGCUGUCCUCGGUGUCGUCCACGCCUCACUAUCGGGUUCGUUCGUCCUCUUCCGGGCCGCUGUUUUCCUCCAGCUCUCCCGGCGAGGACUUGCACAUUCUCCCUGACCAGGAGGGCUCCGAACAGGCUUCCCUGAACACCCGAUGUGCCUCCAGCUCCGAGAAAACCCGAGGGAACCGAAGCUGCUCGCCAAAGCCCCAUGAGCCGGGCGAAGGCGUCGCCGGCGGCCGAAGACGAGAGCAUGACUUGGGUUCUUCUCAGCCUUUGGUGCUGUAUGGGAGUAAUGAAUUUAUGGUGUGACGACAAUGGUGUCCAACGUUAGCCGGAGCUGGUGAAGCAGGAACACCCAACGGAUGUCUGAAUAACAUUUAAAGUGAAAUAGAGAAGGCUUGGGAAUCAACCUUCAAUUGCUCGGUGAUCAGAAUUGUAAGGAAGGUACUGAAUGGGGUUUUUACGAAAUGUACGACCUACUGACUGUAACGGACCUGCUGGACUGGUCCUUUCUCACAGCAAGAAUAGUUGAACGGGGAAAGAGCGAUUUUUAAUCAACUGAGCCAAUGAGAAGUCAAGCGACUUCAACCGAAUGCAUGCCGUAUUGCUACUAUUUUGUUUUCACUCUAUGAUUAAAACCUUUGAUAAAGUGCUAAAUAUGUAAAAUAAUAUUAUAUAUAUCUCGAACGAAUCAUGUAAAUAGCUGAAAUCCCUGUGCUGCCGAGUAACGUCGUCUUGUUGCAGAUUGAAAACUAGAGCGUGUGUGUCUCUGUGUUGUUUCUUAUGGGUGAGUGUGACAGAAACGCACACGAUUUAGGUCUUAUUUCGUCCCAUUGUUUGCAUAAAGCAAACGAUCUUGGUUUGCUUUUGGAUUUGAAAUCUGACCCGGACAUGUGCUUUAACCUAUGUUUUAUUUGCUUUUUUGGUUUCAGCAACACGUUUCCCCUUCAGAUGAAAAAGCAAAAGGAUGAAUAGGGAUGAGAAGUGAGAUGUGUGCAACCAAAUCAGGACUUGAAAAAAUAUUUUGUCCUUUUUUUUUUUUGGUUAAUUGCUUAUUUUGAAAGUUUAUACAUGCUGAUAUUUUAUUGUGGAUUUCAAGUAUAUGAAUAUUUUUGGUGUUCCACUGUGCCAUCUGGAGUCACAUGUUGUCCUUUGUUUAAAAAUUAGUUUUAAUUUAGGGCUAAUUUAUCACAAACAUCCUCUAGCUGCGGAUUGUUACCCUUUAAACUGUAGAUUAACAUGCACAUUUAUAGUUCAUAGAAAACAAGGACACGUAACGGCAAAAGCUCAAAGCUUUUGUAUGAGCUAUAUAGUAUGUUUACGCAGUCAGCAUUGCUGUUUAUGUGCAGGGAAUGUGUCUCCAGAAGCUGUUUACUCUUUUCUGCUGUUACAGAUAUCUAUAUCUAUGUCAUAUCAGUCAUAGCCUAUUGCAAGAAACCAUCUUCAUGGUGCAAUAUCACAAUAGACAUUAAGCUAUGUUCUGAUGAGUAUACUUGUGUACUAUCCUAACCUUAAGUCCACUAAUGCUCAAAAACCGGCGGUAAGAAGGAGACGGUUGUUUGGUGCGUCCUGCAUAAGUGAAUGUAAUCACUGUAGCAUGCCACACUAUUGUCAAAGUUUCUCUUUUACAGCCGCUGUAUUUAAGACCAUGUCUGAGGCCGGAAACAUAACUCUGUGCAAAAACACAAACCCCAAUGCAGUCACGUACAUAUUUAACAUUUAUUAAGGUGUGGUCACAUUAGCUCAAUUUUGUGUGGAAAAAAAGGUUAUCUAUUGGAAUGACUGGAUUUCACACAUGAAAUUUCGCCGAGCAGCAGUAAAUGUCAAUGCACCUUUAUACUAUAGCUUCAAAACUCAUUGCCUUAUGGAAGCCCAUUUCUGCCACGUAAGAAAAAAAAGUCGAAAUUAUGAAAUUGUCGUAGUUAUGACAUACCGUUAAAAUGAUGACUUCAAAAGUAGAAAUUCACACAAAAGUUGAAAUUAUGACUAAAUGUUCAAGUUAUGACAAACUGUAUUAAGUCGUAAUUAUGAGAUGUCAAAAUUAUGAGAUUGUCGUAGUUAUGACAAACAAACUCAAAAUUAUGACUUCGAAAUUCACACAAUAAAAGUUGACAUUUUGACUAAAAGUUGAAAUUAUGACACUGUAUUGUCAAUUAUGAGAUGUCAAAAUUAUGACUUC